CAGACAUUUGGUGCUUGUGUAGUACUUCUGGCCGCCAGUGCCCUUAUCACAACCAGCCAGCGCGAACCAGCGACUCUGCUCUGCGCCGCGCACCAAACGAUACGUGGACAUGGGUCGACCUAUGAACACCGCCAGAGACGGGAAAGUCGUCGAGACCACGAACCCGCAAGAGCUCGACAAUCAAAACUACUCAGUUGGCUGGAUCUGCGCGUUCAAGACCGAGUAUGUUGCAGCGCAACAAUUCCUCGAUGAAGAACAUAGAGGGCGGCCUCUGUAUAUGCCAGAGCAUGACAAGAACGAAUACACGCUGGGUCGGAUGGAACGACACAACGUCGUCAUCGCAACGUCACGGGACGGUCAGUAUGGCGCAACUUCGGCUCACAGUGUGGCCCACGGCAUGCGGCAGAGCUUUCCCAACUUGCUCUGGAUCCUCGUGGUCGGUAUUGCUGGUGGUGCGCCUAGCGACAAACACGACAUCAGGCUGGGUGAUGUAAUUGUGUCCGAUCCUCAGGACGGCCGCGGCGUGUUGCAGUACGACUACGGGAAGGCAGUUCAAGACCACGUCUUCCACCAUACAGGAUCCCUGGAACCACCGAAAAGGCUGCUCGAUGUCGUGUACCAUGUCAAAGCGCUGUAUGAAGCUGACGGCAAUCCGAUCUCAAAAGCCAUUGAAUUAAUUAUCAACAAGAGGCAGUGGCUCAGUGGGGAAUACUCCCAACCGUCCUCCAACACAGAUUGCCUGUACGAAUCCGAGCACAUACACCCGCCGGGAGGCGGUGCAUCAUAUGAGUAUGUCCUCAGCAAUGAGGCUUUGGCGCUGCGCAAGCGACAAGCUCGAGGUGAUGAUGACGACAAUCCGGCAAUCCACUACGGGUUGAUAGCAUCUGGCGACCAGCUUGUAAAGGAUGCUGUCCUGCGUGAUUGGCUCUCGCAGGAACAGAACAUUCUAUGCUUCGAUAUGGGACUAGGUACAGAUAUUCCCUACCUCGUUAUCCGAGGGAUCUGUGACUAUUCAGACAUACACAGGAACGAUCAGUGGCAGUGCUACGCAGCAAUGACAGCCGCGGCUUAUGCAAAAGUCCUUCUUCGGCGGGUGAUCCCUGUGAAAGUCGAGACCGAAGAAGGCUAGCAGAAUGUCUGGCUGGUGGAACGUACACGGGCCGCUCCUGUAUUAUAAGGAAGGACUUGCAGGAGAGGGGGAGGACAGCCCUCAAGUCCUCCCUCGAGCUCCACUGUAUCCUCGCAUCUUCCGUGAUUGAACAUCCUUAGCAAGAUAAUAAAGCGAGCUUGUGACUGUACAUUCACUUCAACCUCCCGCACAUAUAGAAUCAAAACCUUGCGAACGCUAUUUGUAGCCUG